UAAACAGCAGCAAACCCUAAUUUCUUCAAAUUCAAAAUUACCCCCAAUUUCUUCAACCUUUUGUUCACUUUACGCAUACAAAAAACCCUAAUUACGUUCGAUUUUCAUAAUGAUGAUUGCUGGACCAGCAGAGAUGAUGUGCGAUCAAUUCAAUUUAGGUUUGUUGAAACACGCCGCUGUUUCGCCGGAAUCCGCAUCGGUUUCGAUCUCAAUCUCUGAGAAUUUGGCUGUAAGCUGCUCUGUGAAUAUCAAGAGUAAUACCGUUGUGGAGUCUACUGCAAGGAGUUUCUGUCCAACAAGCAUCAGGUCAGGAAGUCAUACGGACAUUGGACCACGCAGAUUAAAUGAAGACGAACAUAUCAUGAUCGAUGAUCUGUCAAAGCAUCUGGGUGAUGCUUACAAAUGGGGUCUCGCGAGUUCAUUCUAUGCUUUAUUUGAUGGCCAUAACGGGUCGGAGGCUGCAUCUUAUGUUAAAGAACACGCCAUGAGGUUAUUCUUUGAGGGUUCCGAUCUACCACAAGCAGCACCAACUGGCGCUUCAGAUGCAGAUGAUUUGUUCUUAAGACAAGUGGAAGAGUCUCAUAACAAAGCGUUUUUACAGGCUGACUUAGCCUUAGCUGAUGAAUGCAGUGUGAGCGACUAUUGUGGGACGACAGCUUUAACUGUUUUGAUCGUGGGAAGACAUGUUAUAAUAGCGAAUGCUGGUGACUCUCGUGCAGUCCUAUGUAGGAACGGGUCUGCAACACAGAUGACUCAAGACCACAGGGGGUCGACUUGUUUACAAGAAAAGGAAAGAUGUGAGCGGUUGGGUGGCUAUUUUGACGAAGACGGGUAUCUCAACGGUCAACUAAGUGUGACGCGUGCGCUUGGAGACUGGCACAUGAAGAAGGAGAAGUUGGUGAUUGCUGAACCAGAUGUAAGACAAACGGUGUUGACCGAUAAUGAUGAGUUUAUGAUAAUUGCAUGUGAUGGGAUAUGGGAUGUCAUGUCAAACCAAGAAGCAGUGGCUCUUGUUCGGUGUCAAUUAAGGCAGCAUAACGACCCUCAACGCUGUGCUAAAGAGCUCAUUGCUCAAGCCUCACGCCUUCACUCGGCUGAUAAUCUCACUGCUAUUGUUGUUUGCUUCUCUUCUCCCACUCUUACCCCUGCUACUCAGGCUCGGUUUCCAAAUUCUAGGCUCUUUAAGAAGAAACCCCUAACACUAUGUUCCAGAGUUUACUAACGGAAGGAAAGGAAAGGAAACAGAAAGAAAGUAAAAAUAUUUUGUGUUCCAGAGUUUCAUUUAAGGAAGGAAAAGAAAGGAAAAUAAAACAUGUCGUGUUCCCGAGUUUCAUUUAAGAAAGGAAAAGAAAGGAAAUGACAGGAAAACUAGGCUAAAUUCUUUAAUUUUUCUUUCCUUCCGAUUUGGGAGGAAACGGUGGGAAAGUCAUCUUUUUUUUUUCCUUUCUCGUCCUUUCCUUUCUCAUUUUUGCUUUCUUUUCUUAUCCCUCGUUAAGUUAACUCGGGAACAGAGCGUAAAUGUCUUACAAGGCAAAAUGUAAAACUCGAUCAAGUGGUUGCUUAGGAGAGAUGUAAUUGGAUUUUAUUCAUUUAUUGAAAAAAUGAGAGUAUUUUUUAUACAACGGAAUUUUUGUAACACACAUUAUAUGAUUAUAAAGAAAGUUAAAAAUUUUGUUCCUACA